AUGUCUGAGAAUUUGAAGAGAGCCGAGUCGUUAUUCAAUAGAAUAAUGAAUCAGAGUUCUGGGAAGAAUGAGACGAUUGGUUCAUCCAAGACAAGUUCUUAUGCCAAUGCAGCUGCUGCUGCCGGGAGUAUGAAUAGUAAUCGUCGAACUAGUCUGAAUGGACAUCAUAGAUAUAAUAGUGGGGGGAGUCAUAAUGGGACGAGUGAAGGAAAGUAUAAUAAAUCAAGAUCAUCAUCAGGAUCAGGACCCAGUGGAAUAACAAGUCCGCUGAUUGGAUCAACGUCUUCAACGUUUAGUGACAAUGGCGGACGUCAUCAUCAUAAUCGUCAUCACAAUAAUCAUUCAAAGAAUGAAGUACCAUCGGUUGAAUUACCGAAAAGAGACCCGAUCAAAGUUUCUAAAGAAACUUUAUUAAAAAUCCCCAAUGAACAUCAUAUAUUACCGUAUUGUUGGACAAUAUGGCAUCAUUCACGGAAUAAAUCCAAACAAGUAAUGGAAGAACCAAUUAGUGAAACUAACAAUGCUGUUGCGGUUGAUUCUUAUUUACAAACAACUAACGAAAUCAAUUUCAAAUCAAUAAUUGACUCAAAUGAAUUAAUAAAUAGUAUUGGUUCUUUAGAACAAUUAUGGUUAAGUUUAUCUACAAUUAAACAAUCUCAUAAUUUACCAAUUGGUACCGAAUUAUUAUUUUUCAAAAGUGGCAUAAAUCCAGUUUGGGAAGAUCCAAUCAACUCUAAAGGUGGUAGAUGGGUUUUCCGUUUUAGUCGUCGUAGUCAUCAUCAAGAUAACUUAGAUUCAAUUGCUAAAGUUAGAUACAGAACUAAUUUAAUUUGGGAAAGAUUAUUAAUUAAAACUAUAACUGGUUCAAUCAUUCCAAAACAAAAUUAUUCUCAAGAAAUUCAAGAUUUAUUAUUAAAUGAUAUUAGUGGAUUGGUUCUUUCGGUUAGAAAAGAUGAAGAUAUCAUCAGUAUAUGGAAUUCAAAUAUAAAUUUUAAUAAGAAAAAAUUCGAAGAAAAUGGUGAAAAAUCAAAAAAAAUCUUAACCAGUUUCCAAGCAAGAAGAAUCAUCUGUGAUUCAAUCCUCAGAAUCAUUAGAGAAUGUGACUUAAUCAAUCAGGGCUCCGACUGUAUCGAUACCUUGGACAGUGGCUCCAACGAAAGAGUCUUUGGCGUCUCCUUCGAAUACAGAUUGCAUGCCGACAACAACAACCCUUCUUUACACGAUAAAGAAAAGUCCAGAUCCAAGUUCAAUUGGUGA